AUGGCGCCUGAAGCCCCAAAGCAGAAGAGAAAACGCGGUCGGCCAGCAGGCGCGUCUACUGCAGACGAAGACGCGUCGGGUCGCGAAACUCAGAAGACAUACGGGGUCGCUACGGAGACUCAUCGCGCAGACCACGAAGAGCAAGACGAUGAAGAAGCGCCGCGGCCGAGAAAGCGCGGAAGGCCUAGCAAGGGCCCCGAUACUACAGAAACAACUGCGGCUCCAUCUGAGAAAGCCCCACGCAGAAGAAAGGGUCGGGCGUCCAAUGCGAGCCAGGAGGAAGAAGUAGAUCAUGAGAACGAAGAGGCACAACAACAGCCUGCGAAACACACCCGCAAGCGUGGUCGGCCACUGAAAGAGAGCGUGGGAACCGGCAAUAAGAUGCGAAAGAGAGUAGUUCGGCCGGGGGAGGACGAAGAGGCCGAAGUCGAGGAUGAGACGCCCAGCUCGGGCCUCAGACGAAGCAAUCGGGAGCGGCGAUCUUGGAAUGCCGAGGAGAUAUUCAGUGCGAAGAUCCCAAGCAAGGACUUGGCCAUCGACAGUGCUCCAGAACCAUCAAAGCCUAGGAGGCGGGUACGAGUCUCGAAGGAAGGCCUCGAUGAAGAGAACAGACCAGAACCUACUGAAACUCGCGCUGAGAAACCCAAGCGGAAACGUGGCCGACCUUCUCUCGGGGAGGAGAACGCGAACGUCAAAAAAGGGGCCAAGCGUCGUGGACGGCUGUCAGUCGCCGAGUCUCAAGAAGUAGCGCAGGAGGAACCCUCCCAGCCUCGACGUCGUGGUCGAACGAGGACAUCGGACGCCUCUCAGCAAGAGGCCGAACCUUCGGAAAGUCAAGAACCUGCUCGACGAAAACCCCGCCGCUCCAGUGGAGGAGAAGCGCCAUCCAGCAAGCCAAGGGCAAGAAAGUCUCGUCCAAGCGAGCCUGAGCCAGCCGUCGAAGAGGAAGAAGAGCCCCCGUACCGACACUUGAAGUCGCAAACACGCCAGGUAUCACGAAAGACCAUCGAAGCCAAGUGGGCACCCCUGAACCCUCCCGCCAUCGCCGCCAUCACCUCUCUUCUGUCCGACGCACAACGGCCAGUCCUGCUCCGCUUACAAGACACCCGAAACAGGCGCGAGCACGCCUCAGCCGCGCUGUCCGUAAUCACCCGCCGCCUCCGCUCCAAGCUCGUCAAGGGCAUGCCGUUUCCCCCGCCGACGGCCACGACGACAUCGGCGAACCGCACCGCGGUAGAGGACGACUUCGACUUCGAGCGCACGGUGGACGGCAUCCAGGCGUUGGAGAAUGCGCUCAACCCGCUCCUCCAUAGCGUCGCUCUGCUGGAGAGCGAGAAGGCGAAGGAACAGGCCGCCCUGGAGAAGGACUAUGCGGCUCUGAACACCCUGGUGGCCAAUGCCCGCGCCGAGGCGAGGGGCUGGCGAGAGAGGAGGAAGCGGGAGCACCCCUUGGCGCCGGCGGCGAAGAAGGUUGGGGAAGCAGACGCGGCCGAUGAGCAGCCGCUGGAACUCGUGAAGUCUCAGGGCGCAGGGAGCGGCAGUGUGUUCCAGGAUCUACAGAACGAGGAGUUGAUCUCCAUCUCGAAGCAGAUCGGCAGCCAUAUGGACAGCAUGAAGGGCAACCUCCAGCAGAUCGACGGGGUUAUACCGGCGAUUACGAAGAGCAAGGCCGCUUUGCAGAGGAUUCUGCAUCAGAACCUGGAUGCUCAGCAGUACGAGCAGGUAUUACUGGGUUGA